GAAAAAGAGAAAUAGUACUCCGUCAAUUCUUGAGGUUCUUUCUCUCACGUUUGCGCCUAACAUUAUCCUUAAAUCAUGCCGAUUCACAAGCGAGGGAGAAAUGCAUUAUAAAUUCACAGAAAAAAUCGUUGAAUGACAUUAGAUGCUUCAAUCAUUUGGGUUUGAAGUAUCUUUUUGUUUAAGCUUCUCUUUUCUCCUCGCGUCAGCAGGAAUUGAUUCUUGCGAUUCUAAAACAUGGCUCUCGACAGCAUAAUAACUUCCCCUCAUCGAAGGUCGCAGCAGACGCAGUCUGCUUUCUCUCCUCGUUCUAGGAAGCAACACUCGCGAGACGCAGAAUUGGGAAGCUGGGCAACCCUUGUUCAGAGACAUCGAUUCCUCCUGACUGCUCUUUCCCUCCUCGUAGUUCUCUGCACUAUUUAUCUUUACUUUGCCGUGACUCUUGGGUCAGCAGAUGAAUGCUUUGGCUUGGCGGGAGCUGAAAAGGCGGCUUGUCGUCUUCAGUUGUCUGCAUCCAAGGGAAAACUAAAAUUCCUUUAGUAAAAUGAGUAUUCAUAUCUUAUUUUUGGUGUAUAUUCACAAAGCAAUCUGCUUUGGAAACAAGUUUCUAUGUAACUUAUACUUGUGAAAUUUGUAUUCCUAAAUCUCUUUGUAUCUUAAAAUUUAUUCCCAAAGCAA